AUGGAAGGCGCCACUGCUGCUCGUACCCACGUUUUAUCACUUUAUCGAAACUUCCUGCGAUACGGAAACAAGUUUGCCUCGUACAACUUUAGAGAUUAUGCUAUUCGACGUUCAAGAGAUGCAUUCCGAGCCCAUCAAAACGAAACCAAUCCCGACAAGAUCAACCAACUCAUUCAAAAGGCAGAAACCGAGUUACAGGUGGUGAAACGUCAAGCGACCAUCAGUCAACUUUAUACUAGAGGAGACCGGCUCGUGGUUGAAAAGCCAUGA